UACAUUGUGGCGCUUGUGUGCCCUAAUGAGACAAGGAGGUCCAUUUUUGAUAAAUAAAGUAUUUUAGUUUUUCUUGCAUCUGUUGAAAUAAAUUAGGAUUAUAUUCUACCGAGAUCUUUACUCCAUAUUCUUGUUUAACAAUGAGCAAUAAAAGAGAGGGUACUAAUAGUCAAAAUUCUUUUUCAUCCAAACAAAUAAAACCUGACGAAUGUCCUGAAAAUCCAGGACCAUCGACAAAGAAGAUUAAUGUACGAAUUAAUACUCUACUUGUUAGUCCGAAACAAAAAGGGAAUCCUUUGUUGAAAUUUAUAAUCAAUAUACCUUGGGAAUAUUCUGAUAUCGUACCAGAUUAUGUGAUGGGGAAGACUACAUGCGCUCUUUUUUUAUCAGUAAGAUAUCAUCAAUUGAAUCCAGAUUAUAUUCACGAUCGUCUUAAAUUAUUAGGCAACGCGUACAAUCUUCGAGUACUUUUGGUUCAGGUAGAUGUUGCUGAUCCACAUCACGCAUUAAAACAUUUAACAAGGAUAUGUAUUCUUGCUGAUUUAACAUUAAUGUUAGCUUGGAGUGCAGAGGAUGCGGGAAAAAUUAUAGAAACUUAUAAAAUUUAUGAGAACAAACCACCUGAUAUAAUAAUGGACCGUAGUGGAACCGCUCCUUAUCAGAAAUUGAUUAAUGCUUUUACCACAGUUAGGUCUGUUAACAAAACAGAUGCAACUACGCUUUUGUCAACAUUUGGCACAUUAAAAGAUAUAGCAAAUGCAUCAACUGAUACUUUAGCUUUAUGUCCUGGAUUUAGUUUUUUAAAAGCAGAACGAUUACAUAAAGUAUUACAUGAACCAUUUUUAAAAGUGGAGAAAACAGGAAAAUAACGUUUAAUACAUAUUUAUUAAGAAUAUUUAUUAUUACUAUUAAUAUAAGUGUUUUUAUAUAUUAGAUGUUUUAUAUAUUAGAUAUUUUUUAUAAUGUUUUAUAAAUUAGCAAGAUAAUGUUAAAAACAAAUGAAUUUAGUUCAAAAUGAUGUAUAAGAUUUAUUUAAGAAGACAUGUGGAUAUAGUUUUACAAAAAUAAUCAAAAAUACUGAAAGAAAUAAAGUAAAAAUUACCCCGAAUCUUAUAGAA